CUACAAUAGUUGCAGGGCCGUUGCAGACAACGGUGAAGGGUGGAGGACAGCCUUCCGGAUUAAGAGGAAGUCAAGAUUAGCGAGCUUGAUUCAGUGGAUUCAAGAAUCCGGAAGGGUUUCGGGACUGAAACUUUUAGCCUGUUAUAUAGACUUUUAGCUUCUUGUCAUGUCCUGAUUUGAAUUUAAUUAACAUCUGGAUUCAUUUUGAUAAGGAUGAGAAGCUAGGAGUUGGGGGAAAGGGUUGAUCCAUCUUCGAUGGAGAUGAUGAUUUUUAUCUACUGAACAAAAACAAUAGUAAUAUAAUCAAUAGUAGUAGCCCUGUUUUUAGGAGUGACCUCGUGGUCUGGGGAUACUGAGACCCAGCCAUGAGCUCACUAUUUCUGCAUGUAAUCUAGUUAAUUUGAGUGUUUUGACCGAAGCCGGAAGCAGUAACGUUUUUGUCGACCCGAUGUUAGAAAAGACCACCGAAAGUACUGGCUUGGUAGAGACGGUGAAAAGCAUGCAAAGCUCUGUUUAGACGUUAGCCAGUCGUCUUAAGACUUAGUUUUGUUUUCCGUCGAUAUGUAUCUUCCGGGCGAAUGUUACACAGUAACGUUUCUGUCGACCCGAUGUUAAAAGGACCACUCAAAGAUUUGACUUUGGCAAAGAGUGUGAAAAGCAUGUAGAGCUGUGUUUAGACGCUGUUUUACAACCUAGCUUUAUGUUCCGUCGGUAUGUACUUCCGGGCGAAUGUUACAAAUAUAGUUAUCAUCAAUUGGUUGAGAUGGUGGGUGCUUCUCAAUAAGUGCCUGUUCUACUGUUUUUUGUUUGAUGAUGUCGUCGAGAGAAUGAACGCCUUUGGAUUUGUCCGUCGGUUUGGUUGUAUCUAGAAUUGGGAAAUUGCAUACUUGUGUGUCGUUAGCUGAGUGAAAUUGGGAGGUGAAGCGAUGACAGCUGGUACGGGCCUAUCCAGUAAUUCACAGGAAUGAUGACCUUUGAAGGCGAGGACAUAACUGAGAAGUUUUUGGCAUCAUGUGAGCAUAUUCAACUGGGGAAAUUGAUACAUUGUCCGAAUUUCACUCUCUUUGAAGCCAUGUCUGGGAUUGAAUUGAUGGACUCAAAAAUGGACUCGGGCUUGUUGUCGAACAAGAACAAGAACGUUGAUGUCCUAGUGUGGGACGAAUUGAAUCAGUCGGAUGUUGCCAGCAGUACUAUUGUCGAGAUAAUCGACACUGUAUUGCGAUCGGUGGUUACAUUCCUGGAAGGCAGUUCAUUGGCUCAGACAGUGUUCACGUGUACCUUCUUGCACACACCUGCAAAUAUACUAAACAGUUCUCUCAGAGUGGCUUGUUUGGGUCUGCUGCGGGUUCUGGACAAGUGCAUAGAAAUGUUGAACACAGCUGCUGUCUUCGAAGAAGAAGACGUUUAUUUGAUGACAUAUGGACUCAGUCUGGCCUCGCAUGUCAAUGAAAAAGUCUUGCUGAAUCAACUGAAGGCCGAAAGUGACUCGAGCCAACUGUUGAAAACUUCUUCUGGCGAGCAAUUGUCUAUUAGGUUGACAUUCAUCCAUUCUUUCAUUGCCUCUUGCUCUUCAGUUUUGAAAGGUGGCACUCAACAAGCUUCGAAUGACAUGAAAAAAAUGCCUCAGUUGUUAGAGAAGACACUUGACAAGUUAAGACAGUUCAAGCAAACAGAUGAUGCGAGAGAGCGUGACCUGGAACUAGUUACGAAAGGAAUCUGUAAAGUGAGAGGAUUUGAUGAAAAUUUAAACCAGCAUCUUUUGCCGCCAACGUUUCCCAAAGCUGCAGCUUUUGCAUCUUGGACCAAAAUGCACGAUUACUUCACUACUACCUUAACUAGCUUCAAAGAAUCAUGUCAACUGUUCAGCAAUUCAUCAGCCAAUUCCUGUACAUUAUCCACUGUGCUGAAUUUUGUGUCAUCGAUAUCAAGUAGUGCGAAGUCGAAUCUCCUAGAGAGAUCAAUUGUGCAAUGUGUGCUGUUUCACGAUGUCAACUGUGCCAACGCUGUGGGCGGAAGCAGUGGCGGCGGAUCUCUGGGUCUGACUGAUCUGGACCACCACAAACCAACAUUACUUGGGGUGUCUUUAGAGGAAUUCAUGGCAAAGUCCAUUAGUUGUUCGGUGUCUCAUCUGGCAUUCACCACGACUGGAUCAGAGGAAAUAUCAAAACUUGUCAGCCAGUUUCUGUCCAACUCAACACACGCUAUAGUGCAAUUCAUCAAGUGCUACGGGAAGAACCGGUCACGACUGCGAGAACAGUUGAUUAGAGUGAAUCAAGAGCUGUUCCACUUAGAACCACUCUGUAUUGCUCUGGACAAUGCAUUAAACUCACACUACCCGAAGCUGAAGACAGACAAAACCACCCAGCAGAGCCAGCAGCAGCAGAGUCAGUCUAUUCAGUGCCACAGAGUGUAUUCUUGGUUGAGUGUCCAGGCAUCGAACGUGAUGCAACAGUUUAUAUACAUGGGUUUCGAGUUGGAGUUAUACAGCGAGCAUGAGCUGAUCUACAUAUUCUGGUACCUGGCAGAUUUUCUCCUUAUAUGGUCAUGUAGUCUGCAAAAAGAGAGGCUAGAAAAGUUCAGUGAUGAGUUAAUGUCGCAGCCGAAGCAAUACCAAACUGUGCCAACUAGUGAGAGGCCCUUCUUCAAAGUGCAAAGACGUGAUCACAUUCAACAGAAUGCAUCAGGGUCGUCUAAUCAGAAAAAGAACAAACAACAACAAAAGCAGAUGCGACAGAAGGAAAUCGAAAUGGCCACGCAGUCGGCCCAUCUGUACGAAAUACAGGCACACAACCUCAAAUACCUCCAAAGUUUAUUGUCAAUAUUUUGUGGAUUUUACAAAUGUCUCGUUUUGCUGAAGGCGGCUGCCAAAUUGCCAGUAGUGGAGGAGAAAUGUUUCGACAAUGAGAAGCUGCGCUUUGAGCGUCGCAUUGCGCCCAUAGCCCUUGACGCAGACUUUUUCCCGAGCUACGAGAUGUUUUGUGCGGCGGUAUCAGGACACACUGCUGUGGCCUCUGGGCAGCCCAGAAGGGUGCUGCAACAGGCAGCCGAGAGCUUCUCAGACGCCAAGACUCUUCUAUCUGACAUCAGGGGGGCAAGUAAUGUGCCACACGAGGUCGAACUCAUGUUCAAGGUCAGCUCCAAUAACUUAAUUGUGCUAAACCUCAUUCUGCAGAAGUGGCCCAGAGAGGAAAAGGAAGAAAACUCAGAAGACUUCAGGCGCCACUUGCAGUUCAAAAUAGAGUUCCACCCUCAGUACUCAAAUUGGCCAGUUUUCAAGCUAGACUCAAGAUAAAACUCACUUUUAUAUUGUACAUACCUUAAUCACCAUAGUUCAUUUUUUUCGCCUUGUUUUUGAGUGGUAAUGAACAAUGUCAAUUAUCACUUAUUUAGGUCGUGUGGUUUUUGAU